UGUCCUCCCGUUCACCAUCAUAUUGUUCUAGCACCUGCUGCCCGAAACAGGAGGACAAAAGUGUUGUUCGUUCAUCCGUGCGACCUUAAUCGACUUUAAUUCGCUAUGAGGACGAGAAUGUCGCCCAUAUUGAUUCUCGCCUCCUUUCUGCCAUUUGUGCUUUGUCAAACGCCGAUGAAUUUACUGGUUGUGAUAGAGGAGGCCGAUUCGUCUAUCUUGGGUACAUUAAAUGAUGCGAUUCCAGAGGCAGAACGAAAUUUUGCCAACGAUAUGAUUACCGUUCACGUUUCUACCGUUACAGUAAAUCGCGAGAGUGUUGACGCGAGUUUCGAGAAAGUUUGUGCCGCUCUAUAUAAAGGAAUAAGUAUUAUAUUGGAUAUGACGUGGACCGGCUGGGACAAACUACGAAUAGUCGCGGACGAAAGAGGAAUAAUAUACAAACGUGGCGACUGCAGUAUAAAUCCAUAUGUUCAAGCGAUCGAUGAUCUUUUGAUUAUGAAAAAUGCAACGGACGUUGGUCUAAUCUUUGAAGAUGAAAGAGAGCUAAAUCAGAGCCUUUAUUAUCUUAUUGGAAAUUCGAUAAUUAGAUUGGUAGUCAUUGACGAAUUGACAGAAAGAACAGUGUCGAAAAUACGGAGUAUGCGGCCGUCGCCAUCUUAUUAUGUUAUUUAUGCUAGUACAUCGAAAAUGGAAGAGCUAUUUAAAACGGCUAUCGGAGGAGGGCUCGUUAAAAGAGAUGGUAUUUGGAAUUUAGUGUUUACAGACAAUAAUUAUCACGACUUUCGAUAUAUUACCGGUGAUCUUCAAUUAAAUGUUUCAUUCACCGUUCUUACUAUGAAGCCCGACAUUUGUUGCCGCUUAAUGGGCGAAGCAUCUUGCAAUUGCCCCACAAAUUUCAAGAUAUUCCCUUUUUAUUUCAAACGUUUGAUUGGCUUGAUCAUAAGCUUAAUGAGCGACGUUCAAAAGGCGGGUGUAAGUGUGACACCAAAGACAGGUCAGUGCGAUAAGCCUAUCGACCCCACCUUAAUUUCGAAUGCUACAGCAGAAACAUUUAACAAAAUUUUAAUGACGAGAUUGGACAGUAAUGACACUUUUGAAUACUGGUCGGAGAAGGCGAUGAUCACUUACAAAGCAGAGAUCGAGCUACAAACGGUUAGUCGUGGCUCUGUGGAUGCGCUCGCGACCUGGACGAGACGUACAAAAAUUAAAGAAGCAGACGGGAAGAAAAUAGAACCAGCCAGGCGAUUCUUCCGGAUUGGAACGGCACCGGCAGUUCCUUGGUCGGUUAUUAAGAGAGAUCCAGCGACGGGCCAAGAAAUGCGCGAUGAAGAAGGAAAACAAAUCUGGGAGGGUUACUGUAUUGAUUUUGUGCAAAAAUUAUCCUACGAAAUGCAAUUUGAUUACGAUCUUGUUAUUCCUGAAGAUGAAGAAUUUGGUAAGAAAUUGCCCAACGGCGAAUGGAGCGGCGUAAUAGGCGAUCUGGCUAAAGGAGAGACUGAUAUUGCUGUGGCGGCAUUGACAAUGACGUCGGAACGGGAAGAAGUCAUUGAUUUUGUCGCACCGUAUUUCGAACAGUCCGGUAUACUCAUUGUAAUGAGGAAGCCAGUUCGUAAAACUUCCUUAUUCAAGUUUAUGACGGUACUGAGACUUGAAGUUUGGCUUAGCAUCGUGGGAGCCUUAACUUUAACCGGUAUCAUGAUUUGGAUAUUGGAUAAAUAUUCACCAUAUAGUGCGAGAAACAAUAAACGACUCUACCCCUAUCCUUGUCGAGAAUUUACGUUGAAAGAAAGCUUUUGGUUUGCAUUGACAUCUUUCACACCACAGGGUGGUGGCGAAGCCCCAAAAGCAUUGUCGAGCAGAACUCUGGUCGCAGCCUAUUGGUUAUUCGUUGUACUGAUGCUCGCGACUUUUACUGCAAAUUUGGCUGCUUUCCUUACUGUAGAAAGAAUGCAGUCGCCUGUACAAUCGUUGGAACAAUUGGCGAGACAAUCGCGCAUAAAUUACACCGUUUUGGCCAACUCUAGUGCUCAUCAAUAUUUUACAAACAUGAAAAAUGCCGAGGACAAGCUUUACACGGUAUGGAAAGAAAUUACACUAAAUAGUACCAGCGAUCAGGUAGAAUAUCGCGUCUGGGAUUAUCCGAUAAAGGAACAAUACGGUCAUAUUUUGCAAGCCAUCACUCAAGUCGGGCCAGUAAAGACGACCGAGGAAGGUUUUAAGAAGGUGAUAGAGAGUGAAAAUGCAGAGUUUGCCUUUAUUCACGAUUCGUCCGAGAUUAAGUACGAAGUGACGAAAAACUGUAAUCUGACGGAAGUGGGCGAAGUAUUCGCGGAGCAACCGUAUGCUAUCGCCGUGCAGCAGGGCAGUCAUUUACAAGAAGAAAUAAGUAGAAAGAUUCUCGAUUUACAGAAAGACAGGUAUUUUGAGACGUUGGCUGCCAAGUAUUGGAAUCAGACGUUGAAAACUCAAUGUCCGAAUUCUGACGAAAAUGAAGGCAUCACAUUAGAGAGUUUGGGAGGUGUAUUUAUCGCAACUUUGUUUGGACUCGCUUUAGCAAUGAUUACUUUGGCCGGCGAAGUUCUUUAUUAUCGCAAGCGUAAUAUUUCUCAGAAAGAAAAAUCAAACGACAAAAAAACGAAAAAACACACCGAGAACGACAAGAUUAUUAUGCAGAAAAUCGCAUCAAAGCUUCAAAUGAAGCCCGCGCCCACCGACGCAGCUUUCGGCAAACAAUUAAGUCAUACUACGCCGCGUGUUUCUCAUAUUUCUGUUUACCCACGACAUUUUCCCUUUAAAGAGUAAGCCAUAGAUGACAAUUUAUAAUCUGUUUAUUUCACAAAUCAGUAUUUACGUGUUUCUCUUUCAUUGUCAAAAAACAGACACUACUUUUCUCUCUUCCUUUCCUUUUUAUUAUAUAAGUAAAUAAACUAUUAAAGAACACAUUUAAUCAAUUUAAAUAUAUCACAAUGACUAAGCAAAUAUAAGUAGUAAAUUUCAAGUGAAUUUAUCAAACAAAUUAUCGUUAAUAAUAUAUUAAUCCCUAAAGUUGUUACACGCAUUCAAACAAUAUUUAGUUUUUAAUUAAAUAUUGCACGGCAAAAUAAAGCUUUAAUUAUACGUAUAUUAAAGUGUAAAAAAAUUUGGAAAUUUUUAUUUCUCAAAAGUUUUAAAACCACAAGAAUC